GUGACAUGGUUCCAGAAACGAUCGCAGGAAAAAUCGUCGGUGGUGUGUGUUCGUUGAGCGGCGUUCUGGUGAUCGCUUUACCGGUACCCGUUAUCGUGAGCAAUUUCAGCAGAAUAUAUCAUCAAAAUCAACGUGCUGACAAACGGAAAGCACAAAGGAAAGCCCGAAUGGCUCGCAUCAAACUCGCCAAAGCAUCGAGCGGCGCUGCUUUUCUCACCAAGAAGAGACAAGCGGAGGCGCGAGCUGCCGUUUCCGGUGGUGCCGGCGAAGGUACCGCCGCUGAGAAUAGAGACGACGAGAAUGCGGAGAACGUAGAGGAAGCGCCCAACGAUCGGGACAUCUUCGAACUGCAACAUCAUCACCUACUUCGUUGCCUAGAGAGAACUACGGACCGCGAAUUUGUAGAUAUGGACGCUCCGCACAACGGAGCCAUGAGGAGAACAGGAUCGCCAUCACCGGUGGGCUCCCCCCAACAUAGUACUACAAAUUCGGCGAUGAACCUCUUUCGUGCUUGCUGCGGUGGACGUUGUCGUCGUUACGAGCAGCCGUACAGUCAGUACAUCCCGGCUACAAGGGCCCAAACGUCCGGUGCCCAAGGCGGGCAGACGGGGGUCGCCAUGGACGGCACUUACCUCGUCGAGGCCUCAUUCUGAAAAAAAUCCCCUCGCGCGCUGUUAAAACAACACACUCUAAACACAAAACAAACAAACAAAAAGCCAAAUCGAAUCGAGCUGAGAACGAAUCUAAAAAAGGCACGGAGAUAGUAAAGCAAGCAUACACGACGAGUAUGCAUAAAGUGUUGCAUGACGAUUCGAAAAAAAGAAAACCGGUUGAUGUGUAGAAAUCAGAGAGAUGCAUCAAACGUGUCAAUAGAAACAAAAAAUAAGUAUAAACGACUAGAAAAAAAACAAUUCAUAGCUUUGCGAAGACACAGGAGCUGAGACACGCUCACGUCGACGUAAAGCGGAGUAAGCGCUAGAGUAAGCCAGAGCGAAGAUAAAAAAAUGUAUAUGUGUAUGUUAUGUAUAAAACACACGUAUUUGACAAAGAGAAUAAUAAUAGAAAGAAAGAAACCAACAGAUGUGUAUACGAGUAAUUGAGCGAAUGACUGAAUAAAAAAGAGCGAGAGCGAGAGAGAGAGAGAGAGAGUAAGGAGAUAUAUAUUCACACGUAGAGCAGAACAGUAAUACGUGUAUUAUUGACUCGCCGGCCGUUCGCGAUCUAAGAAAAAAAAAUCACCAUUACCAAAAUAAAAACUCACAAUAAAAAAAAAAAAAUAACACAAAGCAAAGACACACACAACCGCGCGAAAUCUACAAAAUCAAUCAAUCCAAUUCUUCUAUUUCAUCAUUUCCGUGCCAUCUCUUCAACUCCUGUGACGAUGAUGAUUGGCAACACGACGACGUUCAAUGGCGCGGCCCGAUCGGAACCCGUCGCGGGCCUGCUGUUUGGUUGCCGGCCACCUCAUCAUCCUUCGCCUCUGCUUCAUCGUCGUGUCGGCUCCGUGGAAACUUGCUGGACAAAACUCACCGUCGGUGAUGACGAUUGGUUCACGACCGAACACUUGGACAAACAUGAAAACACAAUAACACAUAAUAUUUACGGCGGUGAAAUAACCGCGAUCGACGCCACAUUAACGAUCGAAUCGAUCGGUCGAAAAUUAUAGAGCUUGUCCUAUCAACUAACCUCGAACGAGGGCAGGGACAGAGUGGUGCUCGUAUAUGGCGACCGUAUACAGGUGCGGAAAAA